GCCCUAGACCAUCCAUUUGGCUCUACUUGGGCGCAACAGUCCCUGUGUCCUGGAGGGCACCAACAGAUACCUUCACUGUCAAGGGGCCUCAUGUUUGGUGCUGCCCCACCCCCAACCCUAUCAGCUCUAGAAUCUUCUCUUCCACAGUGCCGAUCACACUGGGUUUCGCUGUUCCCACGUCUGCCUCCCUACCAGGCUGGGCUCCAAGCUGCCAGGGGCCUCGUCUCCAUCUGGGUCCCAGCUCCCACCACAGAGCUGGGCACAGAGGAAAGCUCAGGGAAGCUUCCUGGGAAAUGAAUUCUGGAAGUUCCCUCUGCCAAGGACCCACUGUGGUAAGAGCUUUAAGGUUGAUGGGAAGCAGCAGGCACUCCCUAUGUCCCGAAUGGUGUCACAUAAAGGCCCCUUCUGCCAGGCUGCUGCUGGGCACCUUCUGGCUGUGCUUAAGCCAGCUGGUUAGUCACUCAGCACCACAGUCUCCCCAGCAGGUGAAUGUCCACUUUGAGGCCAGCUCAACUACUGUCUUCAGAGAACCUUCUCCUACCAGCCACACCCUACCUGCCAGCAUCACCCACAGUCUAGGUGUUUGCUGUUCAAGGCUGGCAUCCAGCCCACCUCCAAUCCCUUCCCGCUUCCAACUGGGCCAGAGGAGUGGAAAGAUCCCUGGAGCACUGGAAGCAAGAAAGAGGCAGGCAGGGGCGGCUGGCCAAGUUUGUGCUCGGACUGUAUUCACAGAGACACGUGGCAGCUUACAUUGGACAAAAUGA